CACAGUCACUUCCUGUUGUCUGAGCGCCAGCUGAAAACACCAGGAAGCAGCUUCCUUCAUCUGGACGUGGCUUCGACUCUUUCUGCCCUCGGUUACAUGAACUGAGCUGACGGGAUAAAGGAAGUAUGGAAAUGCAGGACGAGGCUUCGUGACAUAAAAACACUUUUUGCUUUAUUCUUUUCCUCCUGGAGUCAGAGCAGCUGCUGAAGGAAUGCAGGAUGGGGAGUUUUCUUUCGACUGGCCGGGCUGCAGAACCCUCACAGGGAGUCGCCGUCCAGAAUGGAGUCAGCAACAAUCCUCAGUUAAAAGAUGUUACCGUUGGAAGGGACAUGCACAUGAAUAUCACAAUGAUCCAACCUUCUGCCAGAACAGAGGAGACUCAUGAAGUUUCUCCUAGAAGAGGAAAACUCCAACUGUGCCAAGCUCAACUGAAAUCUUACCUUGAAAGUACAACAAAGAAUCUGUCUCAAGGAACCAAAGAAAAUGGAUCGACUCCUUUAAACAAGAUCUAUACAGAGCUUUACAUCACAGAGGGAGGCAGUGGGGAGGUUAUUAGUGAACAUGAAGUGAUUGAAUUACCGAGUAGAAGGUGUUCGAGUGAGGAGAUGAAAAUCCCCCUUAAUGACAUUUUUAAACCUUUAGCAAACGAAGACAACCCUCCCCAGAGAGUUUUGACCAAGGGAAUCGCUGGCAUCGGAAAAACUGUCGCUGUGCAGAAAUUCACUCACGACUGGGCAGAAGGAAAAGUCAACCAAACCACUCAGCUCAUAUUUCCAUUCACAUUCAGGGAGUUGAAUUUAAUAAAAGAUAAGCUUUGGAGUCUUAUGGAGUUAAUACGUUACUAUUUUGAAGAAGUGAAAGAUUUAGAAACAUCAGACUACAACAAUUCAAGUGUUUUGUUCAUCUUUGAUGGCCUGGACGAAAGCAAGUUGCCUCUGGACUUUAACAACAAUGAGAUGUGCCGCAGUGUCACAAAGAGCACAACAUUAGACGUCCUACUGACCAACUUAAUCAGAGGGACGCUGCUGCACAACGCCUCAAUCUGGAUCACAAGUCGACCAGCUGCAGCCACCAAGAUUCCCUCUGAUAUCAUCAACAGGGUGACCGAGGUACGAGGGUUUGACGAUGAGCAGAAGGACGGCUACUUUCAGAAGGUAGUUAGUGACAAGGAUGUGGCUCAGAAGAUCUUUGAUCAUCUUCAGUCAAAGCCGCUGAGAAGUCUGUACAUCAUGUGUCACAUCCCCGUCUUCUGUUGGAUUUUAGCCACGACUUUCCAGAGCAUCCUCAGAGAAACUCACAGAGGUGAGUUGCCAAAGACUGUGACUGAAAUGUACACACACUUCCUGAUCAUCCAGACGAAACGGAAACAUGAGAAGAAUUAUGAGAAAGGUGAAACAGACAAAGAUGUGAUCAUGAAAUUGGGAAAGUUGGCAUUUGAACAGCUACAGAAGGGCAACAUAAUCUUCUAUGAAAAUGACUUGAAAAGUUGUCAAAUUGAUCUGAAACAAGCUGCAGUUUAUUCUGGAGUUUGUACAGAGAUCAUAAGAAAAGAAAGUGGGCUUCACAAACAAGAGAUCUACUCUUUCAUACAUUUAAGUGUCCAGGAGUUUCUUGCAGCUCUGUAUGUGUUGGAGACUUUUAUAGACUGUGGAGAAAAUCUGCUUCCAAGCCAGACACGUGUAAGAGUGGCCUCAGAGAAAGGAGAACUUCCCAUCAUCCUCCUCCACAAGAACGCAGUGGACAUGGCUGUGGCCAGCAAUUAUGGACAAUGGGACUUGUUCCUGCGCUUCCUUCUCGGUCUGUCACAGGACAAAAACCAGGAGCUUCUUCAGAAAAUAUUUGGAUUCAAGGGAAGACGUCCGCAGAGCAACCGGGGGACCAUCACCUACAUUCAUGACAAGAUCAAGAAACUGUCCUACACCGAAAAGAGUAUCAACCUGUUCCACUGUUUAAAUGAGUUGGGUGACCAGUCUCUGGUAGAACAAGUCCAAAUGUACCAGAGCUCCGGGGAUGUUAGUAAAAUCUCACCAGCACAUUGGUCGGCGCUGGCCUUCCUGCUGCUCGUCUCCAAUGAAAGCCUGGACGUCUUUGACCUGAAGAUACACCACAGAUCAGAUGGAGUUCUGGAGAGGAUGCUGCCUGUGCUCAGAGCAUCAAAAACAGCUUUGUUAAGUGACUGUAACCUCACUGACAGAUCUUGCAAGUGUGUUUCAUCAGCUCUCAGCUUUAAGUCUUCUGGUCUGGAGGAGUUAGACCUGAGCAGUAAUAAACUGAAGGACUCUGGAGUGAAGCUGCUCUCUGAAGGUCUAACAAGUCCCAACUGCAAACUCAGGAGACUCCGUUUGAAAGAAUGUGGCAUAACAAAAGAAGGAUGCAAAUCUCUGGCCAGCAGUCUGAUGUCAAACCCUUCCCACCUGAAAGAGCUGGAUCUCAGCAGGAAUACAUUUCAUGAUGGAGGACUGAAGCAACUCUCAGAAAUUCUCAGCAAAUGCUCUUUGGAAACACUGAGGUUAUCAGAGUGUGGCAUCUCAGGGGAACUUGACAUUUCAGGUCUUGACUUGAACCCAUUUCACCUGAAAAACCUGGAUCUAAGCAGGAACAGUUUCAGAGGACGAGCAGUCACUCAGCUCUGUGACUUACUGAAACAUCCCGACUGUCAGCUGGAGAGAUUAUGGCUCUUUAAGACAAACCUACAAAAGGAAUGUGCAGCAGACCUGGCCUCCGCUCUGGCUUUGAACCUUUCUCGGCUGAAGGAAUUGGAUCUGGGAGGAAACCAACUGUGUGACGAUGGAGCGACGGAGAUCGCUGCUCUGCUGAAAGAUCCAAACUGCAAAGUGGACACCCUGAGAUUGGCUGGCUGUCGGUUCACAGACAGCGGCUGUGCUGCGCUGGCUUCCAGUCUGAAGUCAAACCCUGCCCACCUCAGAGUCCUGGAUCUGUCGAGAAAUGACCUCCAAGACUGCGGUGUCGAAAAACUUUCAGAGUUCUUGGCAGAGCCGCUUUGUCAACUGGAAACACUGAACCUGAAGUGCUGCUCAGUGACAGCAGCCUGCUGCCGGUCUUUGACCUUUGCCCUCAGCUGCUCCUCGGCUCUCGAAGAGCUCGACCUGAGCUACAACCAGGUGGACCAGGGGGUGGAGCUGCUUUCUGAUUGGCUGAGGAAACCUCAGUGUAAACUGGAGAUACUAAGGUUGUCAGGGUGCACGGAGAGCAGCUGUGAGCGCCUGGUCUCGGCUCUGAGGUUGAACCCUUCAUACCUCAGAGAGCUGGAGCUGAGCAGGACCGAUCCAGGAGGUCCAGGUCCGAAGAUGCUGUCCGACCUACAGAAGGACAGUCGUUACACACUGCAGACGCUGACAGUGACGAAGUGAUCAAACACCGACAGGCUCAACUUACAUGAAGUAUCUUCUGAACGAUAGAAGAGAUGUUUGGACCGAGCUGCUGUCAGUCCAACGCACGAGUUUCCCUUCAAUACGUGAAAGACUGAGUGAUGCUCCGUCUGGAUUCAGACCACGUCUGCCACCAUGUCAGACCCGACAGCGCUCCAGCUUCUUCAGAAUCAGGCACUUCCUGUCACCCACUGAUCUGAGAACAGUCCUUCACAGACUCAUAUCACCGGGACCGGGAGUUCUGGGGUCACGUGGUCAGCCUGAGUCUGUUGAUGCUUUUAUUCUCUGGUGUUUAGGGGGGGGGAAAGAGACAGACAUAGAUAGAGACAGACAUAGAUAGAGACACAGAGACAGACAGACACAGAGACAGACAGACAUAGA